AUGAGGAAGGCAGCGCUGAUGGUUUGGAUCAGCCUUUUGGUGCAAGUGUCCCAAGGUGCCCAGGGUCAUUACGCCCGCAAGCUUCUGAACGACCUGAUGGAGGACUACACCAACGCUCUGAGACCUGUGGAGGACACAGACAAAGCCCUCAACGUGUCGCUGCAGAUCACGCUGUCACAGAUCAAAGAUAUGGAUGAGAGGAACCAGGUUCUGACCACGUACCUGUGGAUCAGGAAGGUCUGGCACGAUGCUUACCUGAAGUGGGAAAAGGAGGACUAUGACGACCUGGAGAUGAUUAACAUCCCCAGCGACCUGGUUUGGAAGCCGGACAUCGUCCUCUACAACAAAGCAGAUGAGGACGCGUCAGACCCAUCCAGCACUAACGUAAAGCUGCGUUAUAAUGGAGAGAUCAUCUGGGACUCUCCGGCCAUCACAAAGAGCACAUGUGUGGUGGACGUCUCUUACUUCCCCUUUGACUGGCAGCAGUGUAACCUCACCUUCGGCUCCUGGACCUACAAUGGAAACCAGGUGGACAUCAGUUUGGGCAUGGACAGUGGAGACCUGUCUGACUUUGUUGAAAACGUGGAGUGGGAGUGCCACGGCAUGCCGGCGGUUAGAAACGUCAUGAUGUACGGCUGCUGCUCUGACCCUUACACCGAAAUCACGUACACCCUGCUGCUGAAGCGCCGCUCUUCUUUCUACAUCUUCAACCUGCUCCUGCCCUGCUUCCUCAUCUCGUUUCUUGCCCCGCUGGGCUUCUACCUGCCCGCCGACUCCGGGGAGAAGGUGUCCCUCGGGGUCACUGUGUUGCUGGCGCUCACCGUGUUCCAGCUGCUGGUGGCUGAGAGCAUGCCUCCUGCAGAAAGCAUGCCCUAUAUAGGAAAAUAUUAUAUUGCCACAAUGACCAUGAUCACAGCCUCUACCUCUCUCACCAUCUUCAUCAUGAACAUUCAUUUCUGUGGUGCUGAGGCCAAGCCAGUCCCACAUUGGGCCAAAGUGCUCAUUAUCGACUACAUGUCCAAAAUCUUCUUCGUCUACGAGGUUGGGGAGAACUGCACGACACCGGAGAGCGAGCGGACCCCUCUGUACCCCGAGGAGCCCUUCACCGAUAUUGGCUGCCACCACGAGGACUGUCUUCACAAUGGCCUCUACCACCACGACAGUGACGUGUACAAGUACAGCAACGGCCACAGCGUGCACAAUAACAGUAAGCAUCACGAACACCAGGCAAACAGCAGCGCCAACAGCAGGAAUCAUCGUCACUACAACAACCACAACAACCACGCCUCCAGACUGGAGAGGGGUGAGGCAAAGCAAGAGGCCAAGCAACACUACCACCACAUCAGGCAGGAGGAACUGGACUACGAGGCCCCUCAGCAUCCCAGAAACCUCCAGCACCUCAACGGGGUGCUGAAGAAGCACGUCCUGUAUCCCACAGAGAAGCAUCAGGUGCCAGCCUGUCCCCACUGCUGCCCCUGCCUCCAACAUAAACAGGUGGUGAAGAACAUCCAGUACAUCGCCAACUGCUUCCGUGAGCAGAAAGCGACGUGUGUCAAGGCGGCAGAGUGGAAGAAGGUUGCCAAGGUGAUGGACAGGUUUUUCAUGUGGAUCUUCUUCUUCAUGGUGUUCCUCAUGAGCAUCCUCAUCAUUGCCAAGGCCUCCUGA